CAAUGUUGAAAUAAGCUCUUCUCUUUCGGCCAUCGCCUAUUUAAAUUAGCACCGCCGCUACUGGACAGUAUGACGACCAAAAUAUUCAAAUUAUUUUUCACCAAGGAGACGGGAACCAUUAUCAUGGAAGUUCAAAAAUAUUUAGGCCGCUUUCGUUAUGUUCUGCAACAAAUUUUUAGUGCUAAUGUUGGUCUAGCCGACAUCAAAUGCACCCGGGGGCAGACAAGUGACUUGCAUAUGCAUGAACUCGCUGGAAUACGAGUUUUAUUUCCCAAAUCUUCGAAGACCAAGUUACCCAGAGGCUCAAAGUCAAAAUGUUUCGGUUCUUAAGAUAAAAUAAAAAUAAAAGAGGGGAAGGGAAAGGAAGAAUAUGAAAAGGAGAAAGACGAAUAAGAAUCCCCACUUGAAGCUGAUGAAGCUAUUCAUCCCAACAACCAUAAAUGGGAGAAGCGACGAUAUCAAUCGACUAUCUUUGACUAUUUUGCCUCAGCCGAGAACAGGAUUGGGCUUUGGGGAACCUGCCAAUUGCCCCAAGGCAUCACGCCGCCUUAGAGAAUGAGUCAAGGCCGAAUGGGAUUGAUCUUUUCUCUUUUGACCGCUAUUUCAAUCCCGCCAUCCUGGGGGCCUCUACCGCAUCCGUUGAUGUUAAAGAUUCGGGCUGACAUUAUAUUUUAAUUUUUUGGUGGAAAGCAGCCAAGACAUUCAUGGAGUGAGCUCUUUCAAUAAAAAGAAAAGGCGAAGAAAAGAUAAUCCGAGUCGACGAGUAGAAAAUGCACAUAAAUGUUCGCCCAUAACAAUUCCAGAAGAUGAUAUGCCACUUCUAUCUCCAGCAUGGAAGUUCCUCUCGGGGAUAAGCACGGAAUACCCCACUUUUAAACUUGAGAAUCCUGAAACUUAGUAGAACCCCCUGUGACGGUUGGAGAGAUUGAGACGCCCGAUUAUCAUUUCUGAAGAGCGAUUAUCGGUUCUCCUACUAAUGAAAGGUGGGACAUAAAAAGAAGCCGCGGUUCUUCGAAUGACGUCAAAUUCUCCGGCUCUUGCCUUGGCCAACGGCGCGCACCGUACGCGGACCGGACCGGACGCAAAUGGUAUUUUAGCACGAACAAUCAUCGAACGCGAGCUCCUAGCCCAAACACAGCCCACAGGUCAUGAUGCCUGACCAUUUGGCUUCGCCGAGGAUGCUCAAUCUAUCGCCGCCAGUCAAAAUUCUGGAACAGCGGUUGUUGGGGUACAAUCCCUCUUGAGCGCGGUGUUUCAUCCUAUAGAGAGAUGGCUGCGAGAAAUUUCUUCCUACACCUCGCGCUACUGAUCUUGGUGUGGCUAGUUAAUCGUUAGUAACUCAUGCCCUUUGUCUCGGCAGUUGAGUAACUAGUCAUGAUGAAUGAAAACUAUAAUGGCGGGGGAGCGUCGGGAGGGAGGAUUGGAGCCUUAACUUCCGCAGCUGUCGCAAUUUCCAAGCCUAACUAAACUCAUUCUCCUCGCAUUUCUAAACUCCCGCCGCGAGAGCUGAUCCUAAGGCUAAUUCUUCAGAAUCCCCCAUUGUGCACUAUCUUCGACCAUUGACAUCUGUGGGCAACCUCUAAUAUGACAUUCGCAAAAGAGCAAGGUUGAAGAUAUCAGGGUGGUGGGCAAAAUGCUUAGGCCACAAAAUUCUGUGCUCUCAGGGCCACCGCCCAACCAGUGGUCAAAAACCCGAGAAGGCCAUCAUCCCUGCCCCGCCAACAUUUGUUCUCCAAUCGCACGCCAGAGAGAAUUGCUUUUUCACAGCUACCAUGGACGACGGCUGCCCCGUUGGCGUAGCAUGUCAAGGGUUGAAUAAUAAUGAUACCGGUUCAUUCAGGGAUUUGGACACUGUCCAACCCAACCUCCUCCUCACCGGAUCUCACCACGCAUUGGGAUCUCUGCUGGCCCUUUGGAUCAUUUGAUGCCGAAAGCGGCUCCAUAUCCCUCCAAACAACCCGGCAUGGUCUUGAGUGGUGCUAGUUUCUCCCCUUAGCCAGGUCUGAUUGACGACAAGAGGUCUCUUGGAGGUCGAAGAGCGCAAUCAAACGGAAACAGUGGACCAGGAACGAGGGGCAACCAGCUACCUUCUAAAGGGUACCCAGGAGGUGGUUCGGCGAUGGCUACGAUACAAGACGAUGAUGAACGACUAUUGGCACGAAUAGGGUACAAACAAGAGCUGAGGAGAGAAUUCUCAAAAUGGUCUACAGUUUCAUACGCAAUCUCUAUCCUUGGAGUUCUCGGUUCUGUUCCCGCAACAUUCGGCCCCCCUUUAGCCGCGGGCGGCCCCGCGACUGCUGUAUGGUGCUGGUUUAUAGGAUCAUUCAUGGCAAUGUGUAUUGCUAGUUCAGUUGCUGAACUUGUCUCAGCAUACCCCACGGCGGGGGGUAUGUAUUUUGUGACAAAGCAUGUUGUGCCUCCAAAUCAAGUUGCUAUAUUUUCCUGGAUCCAAGGCUGGUGCAACUUGCUUGGACAGACUGCUGGUGUAUCUAGCGUUGCGUACACCGUAAGCCAAAUGCUACUGGCAUGCGCAAGCAUGAACUCUUCUCUAGAAGGAGGAGAAUACUCAUAUUCGCCGAAUGCCCAUCAAACUGUGCUCCUGUCCAUUGCAUUACUAUGCGUAAUGGGCACUGUGUGUUCUCUAAGUACCAAAAGUUUACACAAAAUUGUACUGUGGUUCGCUCCAGUCAACAUUAUUGCGUCAAUCGCUAUCUGCAUUGCGCUCUUAAUCCUCACGCCCGAUAAACAAUCCGCCAAGUGGGUAUUCACAAAUGUGACAGAUGGCUCCGGAUGGAAUUCCAAAACGUUUUCUUUUCUUUUGGGAUUUAUAUCCGUGGCUUGGACAAUGACCGAUUAUGACGGGACGACUCACAUGUCAGAAGAAACCCAUGACGCUGCCAUACGUGGCCCAAUCGCUAUUCAAUUAGCCAUCGUUGUAUCAGGAGUAUUUGGAUGGAUGUUGACCGUGACGAUGUGCUUCUGUUUAUCCGAUUUGGAUAAAAUAUUGGAUUCGCCCACUGGCCUGCCGGCUGCCCAGAUCUUUCUUAAUGCCGGUGGCCGAACAGGUGGGACAAUAAUGUUCUCAUUUUCUAUUCUUGUUCAGUUUUUCACAGGUUGCUCGGCCAUGCUUGCAGAUACCCGAAUGGCCUAUGCUUUCGCACGCGACGAUGCACUUCCUUUCUCAAAGUUUUUUGCGAAGGUAAACCCCUAUACAUUGACCCCUGUCAAUGCCGUCUGGUUUGUGGUCUUCUUUAGUAUUUGCCUCAAUUGCAUCGCCAUUGGAUCUACAGAGACGGCCACUGCUAUAUUCAAUAUCACAGCGCCUGCGCUUGAUUUGUCAUACAUUGCUGUCAUCCUAGCCCACCAAAUAUACAAAAAUCAAGUGCAGUUUAUCGAAGGACCGUUUACACUUGGGAAAUGGGGGACACCCUUGAAUAUCAUUUCUAUCGUCUGGGUUUUAUUCAUAAGCGUGGUCCUUUUCUUCCCGCCCACGAGGCCGAUCACGCCAAAGAACAUGAACUAUGCAAUAUGCGUGGCUGCAUUCAUAGCCCUAUUUGCACUCUCGUGGUGGUGGCUAUCUGCCAGGCGGAAAUACACGGGACCGCGUACGAAGGAUCUUCUCCAAGCAGUCGAAACUGAAGACCUCGACGUCCCCUACGGUACCACGGCUGGUUUUGAUGCCUGAAAAAUCCCACGACCUUCUGGGCAUAUCUUUCGCAUAUCCUCCAUUUUCUCCGAGUUUUUCAAUAUUCCUUUCUCUAAGUAACCAUGAGUUUUUAUGUUUUGGCUCUGCUCCUUUAGGGGUAUUAGCGGAACGGAUCUUUCCUAGCGUUGGUUCUGAUUGAUAUAGAAGAUUUUUGGAUUAAUUACAACAUCCGCUUAUCUAUUUCCUACAUACAAAGAAGACAAUCCCUUUGCGUCAGUUUUUCACUUAACGACACUAAGAAGUGCUACAAGGAUGCUGAUUUCUUUCCUAUCCCACUUGCGUACGCGGGUGAAGAGGGCUAGGGUAUAUGUCUCCAAAACGGCAUCAAGAUGGAACUGCUCGUACCGGCCAAUUUCUUUGAGCCUUUUGUUCCCUGCCACAUAGAGAAGGGAACUUGUCGGUGAUGGCCAUCUGGACUUACGUGAUUUCAUGAUUAGAUCACAGUCUAGAAGGACAAUUGAUUGGCUGUAGCGGGCAAAAAGUAGGGCAGAAGAUUGGGGUACGAGCGAAUUUAGAUCACCGGGACGUUUUAGAUCCGCCCACAUUGUCGUUCGGAAUAUCCACAAAUCCUGCUCUGGUCAUUUUUCUUCCGCCAAGUCCCCUCAACAUUCAAUGACAUAACUACCAUUCAAGAGAUUCCUCUAUUGGAAGGCAUCCUGCGCCUUACUUACGCCAAUUUCGACGGGAUGAGCACCAUUGAUCAUAUCUCAUUGCUGGCCAUAUUUUCGUUUUUGUUUCAAGUGCAGAAGUGAGCGUCUAGGAAAAGAGUUUCGACAUCAAGCAAGCUCAUGCAGGAAGCACUGGCUUGAUCUCCAUGGAAAAUACCAGGCUACAUCCGGUAUAUAUCAAAAGCUUACCAUCUGAACAGACGGUGAGUUUAUGCAAGCUCAGUAUGCACGGUUUUCUAAGACAUCUCGCCCAUUGGAUGGUGGACAUUCAGUUCCCUAUAUUAUAGCCGGGAUGCUUCCGGUGUCCCCUUCGAGAUGAUUACAUACGGCCGCAAUACCCAAUCUACGAUGGAGGGCGGGUGGUAAGGGAACUGGUGCACCUCUCUUAGCAACUACAAGCCCUGUUAAAAUAUGCGGACGAUUAUAUGCAAGCGGGUAAUUUGAAAGGCUGGUGAGUAGCUGCCAUAGACUAAACGAAGGUAUGCAGCGCUAAACUUCCCAAUGGUUGAAAACUAUCAACGGGUGUGAGCUUAGCUGGGGAAUCGAAAAAUUACGCUGGGUUAGUAGACUCACUUCUAAAUGCUAGAGUUUGUAAUGGAAGUGUGAUGGUGCAUCCUUCUGUUCGACAUGGGGAAGAAAACUAAAUGAAGAAGAAAUCUGUAUGCUCGGUGUCUUUAAGUGUUGCAUCAUGAGAACAUUUGUAACAGCGUGGAUAUGCCGGUGUUUAGGGGCCCUCCAGGAGAAAAAACCCGUCGGUUGACUGAGCUUGGGGCAUGGUGAGAUGGAGGGUGAAAGUGAUGCGAUAUUUCAUAUUGUCGCAUGGCAUAUGAGACAAAUCAAACUAGAGAGGGGAGAGUUAAUUCGCUGGACAGCCCUGAUAGUUCUUUCGGAGAAUAACUACUGUGGAAACAUUUCAAGCAUCUUACAGAUCAUGGGAGCUAAUGAUAAGCC